AUGGACAGUGUUUGUGCAGCUUUCCUCCACCUUAUAGAGCUCCAUCUCAUGUUCUCUCUGAUGGACAAGGUGCCUAGUGGCAUCGAGCCCAUGCUGAAGGACUUAGAGGAACACAUCAUGUCUGCUGGGCUGGCCGACAUGGUGGCCUCCGCCGAGACCAUCACCUCGGACUCUGAGAAGUACGUGGAGCAGCUCCUCACCCUGUUCAUCCGCUUCAGUGAGCUGGUUAACGGAGCCUUUCAGGACGACCCUCGCUUCCUCACAGCCCGAGACAAGGCUUACAAAGCAGUUGUGAAUGACGCUACUAUUUUUAAAUUGGAUCUUCCGCUGAAGCAGAAAGGGGUGGGGCUGAAGACUCAGCCAGAGUCCAAGUGUCCAGAGUUGCUGGCCAACUACUGUGAUAUGCUGCUGAGGAAAACCCCGCUGAGCAAGAAACUUGCAUCUGAGGAGAUCGAGGCCAAGCUCAAGGAAGUGUUGCUGGUGCUGAAUGCGUGCAGAACAAAGACGAUAUUCAUGCACUACCACAAAGCUCAUCCCCACCCGACGCCUUAUCCUGGACAUCUCCGCGGACAGCGAAAUCGAGGAGAACAUGGUGGAGUGGUUCGGGAGGUAGGCAUGCCUGCUGACUACGUGAAUAAGCUGGCUCGAAUGUUCCAGGACAUCAAGGUGUCCGACGACCUCAACCAGAACUUCAAAGAGUGUCACAAACACAACAAGCUGGCCCUAUCAG